GUCUUUGACUCCCCAAAAGGGUUUAGACCCAUCGCGGCCAAUUUUUUGAUUGAACCCGCAUUUCAUUCCCCAUGCUUAUGAUGAUAACGACCCUGACGCUGCUCUCCUAGGGAUUUUGGUGCUUCCCCUGGCCAUUGGCAACUUUCUGCUGUCCUCUUUAGCUGCACUCGACAUCGCUGUGCAAGUAUGAAUCAAUAGCACCCUCUCAGUUGACCCAAAUACCUCACUUAUAUCCUCCUCUCGCUCCCUCGGUCGCGAUGCCACUAUCAGCGUCGAACGUCCGGCUGUUCCGCCGCGCGCAACUGCUUCAAUGCUGCCACCACGCCCGAUCCCCCAUUAAUAGCCGAUACCAUGGCCGGCUAUCCGGCUCUUUGGCUUCUCAAUUGAACUCGAUCAAGCCAACGGGCUCUUCCUCUCCUUUACACCUUCGCAGUGCGAAGUCGUUGGCGAUUAUACCGAGGCAAGAUUACUCUACGACGACAAGCACACCAAUUGCGGCCGACUCGAAAGAACCCAAUCCUGCGACUCAUUAUGUGCCGCCUCAGACGGGCUUGAUUGCCUCGCUGCCCAAGUCUUGGAUCCCUUAUGCCGAGCUAGUUCGCCUGGACAAGCCCACGGGCACAUACUAUCUCUUCUUCCCUACCCUCUUCUCCACCCUUCUUGCCGCCCCGAUGGCCGGCGUGGAACCUCUCCAAGUCCUAGGCACCGUUGGGCUCUUCUUCACGGGCGCCCUGAUCAUGCGUGGUGCAGGUUGUGCAAUUAACGAUCUGUGGGACCGGAAUCUGGACCCUCAUGUGGAACGCACCAAGUUCCGACCCAUUGCCCGCGGGGCCCUCUCACCGCGGAACGCAGUGCUGUUCACGGGCAGUCAGCUACUGGCGGGGCUCGGAAUCCUCCUUCAAUUCCCCUCCCAAUGCCUUUGGUACGGCAUUCCUAGUUUGCCGAUCGUGGUGGCUUACCCCCUGGCCAAGCGAGUCACCAACUACCCACAGGUCGUCCUGGGUCUCGCGUUCUCGUGGGGCGCGAUCAUGGGCUUCCCGGCGCUGGGGGUCGAUUUACUCGCUAAUCAUGACGCCCUGAUGGCAUCGGCAGCCCUAUAUACCAGUUGCAUUUCUUGGGUGGUCCUGUACGAUAUGAUCUACGCGCAUAUGGAUAUCAAGGAUGAUGUCGCGGCUGGAAUCAAAUCCAUCGCUCUGCGUCACGAACACAACACCAAGACUGUCCUCUCCGGGCUGGCAGUGGCUCAAGUAUCCCUUCUGGGUGCUGCGGGUAUUGCUGCGGGCUGUGGGCCGGUCUUCUUCGUUGGCAGCUGUGGCAGUGCCAUUCUGUCCUUGGGCCUGAUGAUUUGGAAGGUUCAGCUCAAGAGCGUUCAGAACUGCUGGUGGUGGUUCAAGAAUGGCUGUCUCUUGACAGGUGGUGGCAUCAGCUUGGGCCUUCUUGGCGAAUAUUGUGCACAGUACUUUGGAUUGUAUGAUAAAGACGGGGAUAAAGAAGGGCCUGUGAAGUCCGAGUAAACACGCUGUAUACUAGAGAAUGUACGAUUAAAAAGAUAUUGCAACGGUCCGAUUGCCCCUCGCUUUCAAUUCCAUUUUUCGCCUGUCGCAGUCAUUUAUAGUGAUUACCCAAGUACUUUUUGAGAUUUACCUAG